AUUUAAUUAAAAAUUAGAUAACCUAUAUUAUGGAUUCAACAAAGGAAAGAGUAGAAGGUACAAGAGCCACAGUCAUCGAAAUAAUUGGAAGAACAGGUAGAAUUUAUAAAUAUUGAAUGCAGGUUCUAGAGGUGGUAUUACAUAAGUUAAGGUUUAAUUGGUUGGCUAAUAAAGAACAUUGAUUAGAAAUGUAAUGGGACCAGUCAGAAAAGGUGACACAUUGGAACUUAUGGAAUGUGAAAGAGAAGCCAGAAGAUUAAGAUGAUCUAAAGUACAUUUAAUAUACAAUUUGCCACAUAUUUAAUUAUUU